AUGAAAUUUGGCAAGACAUUUCCUAACCAUCAGAUACCUGAAUGGUCACAUCAAUAUGUCAACUACAAGAGCCUAAAGAAACACAUCAAGGAAAUUACAGUCGCCCAAGAAGAAUGGCGUAAACAGCCUUCAAGUAACGAUGACUGGAUCAAGAAGGCAAAUGAAAAUGCAGCAGAAGAGCUUUUGGAAGAGCCGGAGGUGAAAAAGCGUCUUGCCACCUUUUUUUUCGCUCUGGAUAAGGAUAUCGAGAAAGUUAACGAGUUUUACAACAAGCAGUUCUUGGAGUACGACCGCAGACUAAGACGAAUUCUGUCGUCUGCGCAACUUACAAACCUUACUGCCAUUUCCAAUCCCGAGAAAAGUGUUCUGGAUUCUUCUGAAAAAACUGGAUUGAACAUUUCAUCGGAUAUCACCGACGAUUACGCAGAAAUUUUAGGCAUUUUGGUGGAACUACGUUCGGACCUUCGCAACUUGAAAUGGUAUGCCGAACUCAACAAGCGUGCUUUGACCAAGAUUCUUAAAAAACUGGACAAAAAAGUAGGGACAAACCAUCAAGAAAACUAUUUACACAAUCGUGUUCUUCCGCUCGGAAUCUCAAAUGAUGCAGAAAUAGCAAAAGAGCUGGCUCUUAUAAAUGAAACUUUGGAUUCUAUCUCUCCCUCUAUGCUGGGGCGCCAGGAUUCUGAUAGUGAUGACGAUACGCAGCUCACCUCACAAGACAACUCUUCUCCGGUAAACGUAGUCGCCCAAUUGAUCGCGAAAGAUGACGGAAAAAGUCUUCUUAAUGAGUUGGCCUCGAUGUACAGAUCAGCUGUCCUCACUCCCAAGAGAACUUUGAUAGUCCUCCUGAACAAAGCCGCCCUGUCACAGUCCUUCAAUUGUAUUGACGAGAUUUUAAAUAUCAUCCCAACGUUAGGUGAUCAUUCCGAUGUCAGCGGUCGCAACUUUUUCCAUCACCACAUUAUCGCACUCGGAAAAGGUUUCAAAAAUCAGAAAGCUAGGAACUUGAUAAACGAUGGUUCUUCCAACUUGAAUUCUGCGAACCAUAGUGCCUCUAAUGUGAACAUAACAAUUUUGCCAGAGAAAACCUCCAGGCUUGUUUCUGCUUGUGGGCCUGAUGGCUUGAACUCUAACGACUCUCCUGUUUCUUUGUCUCAUAUUUUGAAACGUUUGCCACCACAUUUGAGAUCCAGUCUUUUACAGAAGGAUACUUACAAAAGAACUCCGUUGCACUACUCCGCGCAAUAUGGCUUAUUCGAAGUUUCCAAGCUCAUCAUUGAAAGUUUAAGAGAGUGGGGAGCAUGGGACCCGGCAGUGUCAAUCGAUAAUAAAGAAGUGUGGGGUGACAGUGAGGGUUUCACUCCCCUUCAUUUGGCUGUUAUCGGUUUGCAUCCGCGCACAGUGAAAUCGCUUACGAGCUAUGGAAACUCGUCGACUAAAGUCGAGUCUCAAAGGUUGCUUCACCUAGCGACGAAGUUAAAUGCGCCCGAACUGAUGGAGGCGCUGCUAUCUGUUGCCGGUUUCUCUGUGGACUAUGCAGACCCUGAGACCCACGAAACGGCGCUUCACAUAGCAGCAAAGCUGAACUUGAGCAGGUCAAUGGAGUUUCUUUUGAAAGCUGGUGCUAACACUGAGAUUGGCGAACGAAACUUUGGUUGGACGCCAAUUUUUGUGGCAGCCACUGAAGGCUUCUACGAUAUGGCUAAGAUGUUAGCAGAUCAUGGCGCCGACUAUUCGAAGUUUGACGAAAGUGGGUGGACGCCUAUGGAGCACGCUGUACUCAGAGGUCACCUCGAUGUAGCCAGUAUCCUGACUAUCGAUGAUCCGAUUGUCACUAAACCCAAAUUGUCACCUGAAUUCAGCGAAAGUGAUGAAGAUACGUCUGAAAUAGCCACCGCUCAGACAACAUCAGCUUUAAAAAGACCUUCUUUGGAGCAUUUACGCAAAAGCUUCUAUAAGCAUUCCUCUGGCUCUGAGAGUUUCAUAGCAGGCGGUUCGGACGUGAAUUUGAAAAAUUCGAGCAGACAUAACCUUUUGAAACACUCUUUGAACGGAACACCAAAGCCACCGGGGACUAAAAGUGCUCCACAAACUUCAGUUAAUGUCAAACCUCUAGGAGAAACUCACUUGCAAGAAGAUCAGUCAAUUUUGCUGGUAUCACUAGGUUCUAAGAGCAACGCUGUUGCAGUUUCAUUCAACAAAGUACCACUCUCAAAGGUGUCGUCGACAGAGCUCGACACAGCACUUUCUCUGGUCAUAACUUGUCUUGAGGAUUUGAGUGCCGCCCCCGUCGUGCUGGAUCUGCCCCUGGACGACACACUAGAUCCUGUUCAUUUUACCAUUCCGUACAAAGAAGAUUCUUCCCAUACUUUGUUUUUUGACAUUGUACCUACUUAUGGUUACCACGCAAGGUCUAAAAAUGCAUCUUCCGAUGCUAAAACCAAUCACUCACAGCCUGACGCGGUGUCGAACUUAUCGGAUGAAAGCGCGGGCCAGAGAUCAUACUCUAAUGGUGUUAUCAAAAAAGUCGAAAGUCAGCAUACGAAAGUUUUGGGACGGGCGGUUGCAUUGCUCGAUAAAGGUGUUAUGUCUGUUGGUCCAAAUCGGGCUUCCUUGUCUGACACAAGAACAGCGCCAAUCAUCGAAAGUGAGACGCUAGAAGUUCUGGGCUUCAUCAAGUAUGAGUUUAUGAUUGUGAAGCCCUUUAUUCAUCCUAAUGUGGCACUGCGCAGGGGCGAGACUUUCUGGAAGUCACUGGUUUCUACAAGAGUGAUUGGGCACCGUGGCCUCGGUAAGAACAUGAAUACCAAUCGUUCUUUGCAGCUGGGCGAAAACACCGUUGAGUCCUUCAUUGCAGCUGCUUCGUUGGGGGCAUCUUAUAUUGAGUUUGACGUUCAGUUGACGAAGGACGACGUUCCAGUGAUUUACCACGAUUUCAUAGUGGCGGAAUCUGGGGUCGAUAUUCCAAUGCAUGAACUUACACUCGAACAGUUUUUGGACCUCAACAACGCGGACAGACACCGCAAAAACCUAGACGCUAGCUUGAACGGCAGGUCUAUGGAUGAUACAGACGCAGCACUGGUGCAGAGAGCCUCUAGUGUUAGAGGAGAGACCACUCUGGUCGACCAGUUACCUUUGGCCAAGAUUUUUGAGGACCGUAUGCGUCUCACCAAAACCUACAAAAAAAACAGCUACAAGGGAAAUGCGCGUGGUCAUUCCAUCGCAGGUUCUUUUGUCACACUGAAGGAGCUAUUCAAGAAAAUUCCCUCUAAUGUGGGCUUCAACGUCGAGUGUAAGUAUCCGAUGUUGGAUGAAGCCAUUGAAGAUGACAUUGGCCACAUUUCCGUGGAGCUUAACCAUUGGUGUGACACCGUGCUGAACACCGUCUAUGACAAUGUCAAUGGACGUGACAUUAUAUUUUCGUCGUUCCACCCUGACGUUUGCAUUAUGUUAUCUUUGAAGCAGCCUUCGUUCCCAAUCUUGUUUUUGACAGAAGGUGGUACCAAGAAAACAGUUGAUGCUCGUGCUGCGUCGCUUCAAAACGCUAUUAGAUUUGCUAAAACUUGGGAUUUGCUGGGCAUUGUCUCUGCAGCCAAACCUAUCAUCAAAGCGCCUCGUCUCGCUCAGGUAAUCAAAUCCAAUGGGUUGGUGUGCGUAACCUACGGUGUUGACAACAAUAAUCCGGAUGUGGCUCAAAUUGAAAUGGACGCUGGAGUCGAUGCCGUCAUUGUCGAUAGCGUGUUAGCGGUACGUCGUGGACUCACCAAACCAGCAGCGUUGUCUCUCGAAGAAUAG